ACAGUUCAAAAGUCAAAAGUUCAAAUAAACAAUCACUAAGAUAUAUAUACGACUGUGUAAACAAGUUAAUAAAGGCCAUUUCUUUAUCUUGUUAUACUUAAUACAGUAGUGCAGGUUUAUUUAAAGUUUAAAAUAUGAAAGUAUAUAAUCAGUGUGUUCCGUUAACUUUAUUCCUAUUGUCCAGUGUAUACCCAUUGGUACUCGGUAUAAUAUUUCCCUAUGUUUAUCCUCGUUUAAAAUUGGAAGCGACGUUGAGUAAUGCCGGAGACCCUUUAAUACUCACACCUUACCUAAAGAAGGGUCUAAUCUCAGAAGCUCAGAACUUAUCGCGCGUAACUUUAACAGAUAAAAUUGGUUUUGUUAGCUAUGCCGGCUUCUUUACGGUUGAAGAAUCCUACAAUUCCAACCAAUAUUUCUGGUAUUUCCCGCCGUUUUCAAAGGACGCAGCCGCCCCUGUAAUUCUCUGGCUCCAAGGUGGACCAGGAGGUAGCUCUCUAUUUGGUUUAUUUACAGAAUUGGGGCCAUUGAUUGCAAAGAGAGAUGGGUUUGCUCUUAGAAAAUAUCAUUGGGCUCUCAAUCAUCACCUUAUCUUCAUCGACAACCCUGUUGGUACAGGUUUCAGCUUCACUGAUAAUGAAAAGGGGUAUUGUUCUGAUGAAAACUGUGUAGCUAAAGGAUUACAUAGCAGUUUAGAACAGUUCUUUACUCUGUUUCCAAAUUUGAAAAACAAUGAGUUUUUUAUAACUGGUGAAUCAUAUGCAGGAAAGUAUGUGCCAGCAUUAGCUAUGGAGAUCCAUCACCAAAACUCUAAUGGUGGAAAGGGUAGGAUUAAUUUAAUAGGACUAGCUAUGGGAAAUGCAUAUUGUGAUCCUGUCCACCAAAUAGAUUAUGGGAAUUAUUUAUAUCAACAUGGAUUAAUUGACAAUAAUCAAUUGCUGGUCUUUGAGAAAUUGCAGUCUCAAAUUGUUGCUGAAAUUAAAGAUGGCAACUGGCAACAAGCAGAUUUCCUUAUGGACAAGUUAAUGGAUGGAGCUCUUACCAAUUUUUCAUACUUUAAAUCAUUCACAGGAUUUGAGGAUUAUUAUAAUUUCUUAUAUACCAAAGAGGAUAUUGAUACAUCUACGCUUGCAAACUUGUUGCAGAAUGAUAAAGUCAGAAGGAGUGUCCAUGUAGGUGGGUUGCCGUUUAAUUCUGGCGAGGAAGUUCAGAUACAUUUAGCAUAUGAUAUACUGAAGUCAGUCGCAUCCUAUGUAUCGGAGUUGUUGUCACAUUACCAGAUCUUGUUCUACAAUGGCCAACUGGAUAUCAUUGUGGCUUACCCCUUAACGGAGAACUUCCUUCGUAACUUAAACUUUUCAGCAGCCAAUGAAUACAAAACAGCUCCAAGACAUAUCUGGAGAGUAGGUGACGACAUAGCCGGAUAUGUGAAGAAAGCUGGUAACCUCACUGAAGUCUUGGUGCGAGAUGCAGGCCACAUGGUGCCGCAUGACCAGCCGCGCUGGGCACUGGAUUUGAUUACUAGAUUUAUUAGAAAUAAAUUAUGAAGGACCCAGUUAAAUUAAUAAUUCUCUGUUGUAAUUAAUAUUUUUUGUACAUUAAACUACCAGUUAUUUUUUAAA